GUCAUCAGUUCACUUUCGUAGCUUUCCAGCACAAGUACGCACGAGACAACCAUCAUCACCACCACCACCACCACCGGGACAAACUCAAAACUCAACAUUUUUAAAAUGAAAUCCUUCGUUUGCAUCGCUAUCUUCGCCGCCGUCUUCAGCGUUGUCCUAGCCGGUCCAGCUGGUUCAUCUGUAUCCGUUACCGGUGCACAGGAAGCCGAAGCCGAACAGGGUGCACAGGGCGCUUACGAUUUAAGCCGUUUCCGUAAAUCAGCUUAUGGUGGCGGUGCCAGCAUUCCUGCUCCACCAUGCCCCAAGAACUAUCUCUUCAGCUGUCAACCUAAUUUGGCUCCAGUACCUUGCGCUGCACCAGCUGCCGCACCAGCGUACGGUUCUGCCGGUGCCUACUCUGCACCCAUCCCCACCUAUGUAGCUCCUCUGCAUGCUGCUUACGGUCCUGUCGCUUACAACCCCAACCAAUACUAUCAAUAUUAAGCGGCACGUUGAUGGUUUAACAGUUUGAUGUGUGAAUCUUGCAACGGAUAUGGACUAGUGACUGAUACACAGAAUUGCCAUCUAAGCUCGCAUGCAUUUGUAGGUAUUUGUAGUAUAAAGUGCAAAUAAUAAAAAAUUAUAAUAUAAUAUUUUAAAACUUAAA